CGCUAGUAGUGUAGUAGUAGUCUCAUAGUCUUGCAAAAGUGGGACACAUGAGCAGCGUAACGUACUCGAGCACUGCCAAGUCGUCUCGCUCUGCAAUGACCCGUGACUGGUCAGAGCCCAUAGCUAGAGCUGCACAUCUUCCCCACGUUCCUUUCACACCUGCUCGCACGCCCCCUCUCCUCUUCCCCCCGCGUUGCCUCGAUCACUCGCGCGGAGCACUCGGGACUACUCGCUUUUCAUCUACUUGCUUGCUCAUUGUGCCUUUCUUCCGCUUCCUCUCAAAGUCGCGCCAUUACAUUAUCGCCAUCACCUCCCGCCAACGACUUUUCACUGUAGCUGAGCAUUCUUGCUUGGUCUAGUCUGGCUUUGCUCUGACACCUGAUCUUCCGAAUUUGUGUCAUCAUGGCCGCCAAAGCGGCCAAAGGGGCGCUGUAUGCGUCGGAGCUGGAUGCUGCUCGGCUGCGGGGUGACUGGACGGCGGAGCAUCCGACUCACCUCGCAGGCAAGGGCAAGAACAUCACCUGGCCCGAGCUCAUUCGGAAAUACAUGAAGCACAAUCCCAACAGUCCAGUCACGCCAGGCGUGGCUAGCGUCGAGCAGCAGCUGCACGCUUCCAUUGCCGCUUUCCAGAGUCAAAAGAGUAGCUACUCCGAUUCGUCGCACGACGCCGAUGUUGCUAUUCCAGGGCAGAAAGAUACUACUGUGCUUCCAGAGCCUAUUCCAGCAGACGAGUCGGGAGAAGGGUGGUCCGGCAAGGAGAUUCUUGCAGCCAACAAUCGCUUGGAAGACCUGGCAGCUUCGGCCAGAGGCGAUGACCUGGCGAAGCACAGCGUGGCAGCACUGCGUGCGUACGCUCUGUUCUCUGUCGGCAAAGACGAGGAUGCCAUCGGCUUGCUUCACAACACAAAGUUCUUGGAGGAGGUCAACCUGGAUGCACUGAAGGCUGGCGAUCACUUGGAGGACUACGCCGUUGCGCUCAUGCUUCUAGGCUUCUGCGUCUAUGGCAUGGCAAAUGAGCGCUUGCACGCAUCUCGCAACAAUGAUGAUUUCCGUCCAUUUGUCUUGGCGGGUUAUGCUCGUGCUAUCGACCUACACGAAGGUGUGCGGGGAGGCAAGAGAGCUGGCGCUUUGCGUGGUCUACCCGCAGACGAGAUCGAAGCAUGGGGUGAGACAGCUCUGUACCGCAAUGCAUUGUUCAGCGUCAGGCACGGAGAUCUUUCCCUCGGGCUGAAUGCUCUGCGCGCCUAUCAGGCGCACACCGGACGUUGGCCAGCUUCUUUCCGCAACCCGCAACGUAACGCAAUCUACCGCACAUACUUGAAUCUUCUCAAUAUCUCCGUGGAGCAAGGCGGAUACGUUGGCCUCCCUGCGCCAACUACGGCCAGCAAAGAUGACUGGAGAAGCUUUGCAUACCAAAAGAGCGUAGUCAACAGCGUCGCGGCGCGCAUGACCAUUCGGGAUUUUGAGGCGGAGCGGGUACCACGGCAUGGACAGGCUCGACGCAUGCUCGGUGCAGAAGGUCGUGGCAUCACUUCCAGAACCACCUCCACCCGUAGACCUGCUCCUCAUCGAGCUCUUCGGCCUUCCAGCGCUACUUGGAGCAACGAGCUCUUGACUGUGCAAGCGUCCGCAGCGGCAUCUAUCCUUCGCUCGACCGAGUUCCCUCGUGCUGGUCAGGUCAACAUCUCGGCUCUGCAGCUGGCUGAUGCAGUGGUCAAAGGCUGGCAACUCAAUGGAGAGCAGGCUGGCGAGCAUGCGGAUGAGAUCGUCGAGAUCCUCUACAGCCUGACAAAAAUCACGUUCCACUCGCAGCGCGUCAGCAGACAUCUCUUCACCGUGCUCGUCGCAGCAGAGGCAUACGACGAAGCUCGGCUCGCUCUCGAAUUGUACAUCCAGAUUUUCGAGAAAGCGGCGGAGGCCGAUGCUGCAGGAUCUUCCGCACUGGUAGAGGAGGCUCGCCUGCGCAAGGAGGAAGACGACGCGCGGGGCUAUGAGAUUCAAGAGAACAAAGUGGAGGAGCGCGACGGCGACACUGAUGCUCGGCAAACGAACGGCAUCUCAGAUGCGGCCAAGAAGGCUGGUGAGGCAGCUCUUCAGGAUCACGACGAUGAGGAGGUGUUUGUCUCAACGCUGUUGUACGGCGCUCACGUCCUCACGCGCUAUCUUGGCGACGCGGAGGCGUCGGACCGCAUUGCUCGCAAAGCGCUGGAUAAGGUUGCUGCCAGCACCAAGCUCGGAAACAGCCGCAGCCUCGUCGCUCGCGCGAAGCGAGUGGCUGGAACCGCACGAGCUGCUUUCUGUGCGCACGAUGCCACGCCUCACCGUCGCCAAGAAUUGCACGAUGAAGCGUUGAGCUUGUUGAAGCAAUCCGCAACGCUCGAAGAUCAGUCUUCGGAGACGUACUACCAGCUCGCGUACCUUCAGGCCGAGAUGCGCGACAUCCCCUCAGCCAUCCGCUCUGCCAGAAGAGCAGUCGAGCUCGAGCCUGCGGACGUGCAGACCUGGCAUCUCCUGACUCUGCUGCGAUCCGCGCAAAAGGACUUCAAGGGAGCUCUGCGCAUUGCUGAAGAAGGCCUUGCAGGCGCCGAAGAUGACGACGAAGCUGAUGCCCAAGCACUUCUUCGUGGCCUUGCAACUCCUACUUCCCCGGCCUCCCCGAGGAGUGCCAGUGGUGCAUUCCCGCAAUCCAAUGGGAUCCCUAACGGCAAGCCGAGCGCAAAGCUCACCUUGGCUCGCACCGUUUUGCUCAGCGUCGACUACCCGCCCUCUUACGGUGAGCGAGCUGAAGCUGUGCUGCGACUCAUGAUCACGCACAAUGCUCUGGAGGAGCUUGUCGAAGGCACAGACGCAGCGAUCGAGGGUCAAAGAGAAAUCUUUGAAUUCUUUCACAAGCGAGUGGCCACCACGGUCGCAGCGCCAGCUCCACGCAAGGCCGCAGCCGAUCCAAAGGCCGCAGCGGACAAGCGUGGACGCCUAUCGACGCUGCUGUCGUCUAGCGGCACUGCUCCUCAUCGGUUCGGAUCCAUGUCAGGAAUGGGUCAAAGCGGUGCGACGCCCUCACGCGCAUCUACUCUGAUCCACUCUUUGCACCGCCGUCGUCAUCCCGUGGCCACGGAUGAGCCAGCAUCGGCUGGCGCGGUCCCUCUACCUGCCAGCUCGGCGCACAGCGAAAAGGUCGACGAGACGGCCACCGCUGCAGCGCUGCGAGAGCAACAGCGAGGACGUCAAGAGCGCGAGCUGCUCGGAACGCUUUGGCUGAUGAGCGCAUCGAGCUUCCGACGGGCCGGCAAGCACAGCGAGUGUCGCGUAGCCGUCCAAGAGGCCGAAAGGAUCGAGCCUGCUCGAUCAGAAGUCUGGUUGCAAUUGGCCUUGUGGUUCGAACAAGACGACUUGCAGCUCGCUCUGGCGUCAUUGUACAAAGCGCUGGCCUGCCAAGGAGACAACAUUGCGGCCGUUGUUCAUCUGGCCAGAAUCUUCUUGGCGAACCCGGAUCACUCCCCCUCGAGCGUUCCACAAGUGGUUUUGGAAGCUUCGUUGGCCACCCAGGCCCACUCAUCCACGCCCAAUGCGCUGGUGCAGCACGUCGACCGAGCGCGCGAUGAGCAAGUCUCUGCGACUGGUCAAUCUGGCGGUAGGGGGGCGGGAAGCAAGCUUUCGCCGUACUCUAGCACUGCAGAUGCUCACAGCAGUGCGGAGAAGCGCGAACUGAGCGCAGCAAGCCUGGCAGAAGGUCUGCUCACCAGCAUCACCCUGAGUCAUGGAUGGGACUCGCCAGAGGCUUGGCUGUACUUGGGACAGGUCGCUUCGAAGACUUCCAGAAGGGAAAAGGCGAGACAGUGCCUCGAAUUUGCGCUCAAUUUGGAGCAGACCAAGCCUGUCCGUCCCUUGAGCCACGCGCUGUACCGAGCUUGAGAGGGGAGCUGGCUAAAGAAAAUACCUUGGCUUUCUUGGGCUCCAUUUCCGAACAAGCCCUACCUUUUUCUCUCUUCGUCUUCUGUCUUUGUUGCCUUACCGGUGCAUACCCCCUCUCGGAAGCUUCACCUUGGAAUUUGAGCUGGCAAAAGUCUACCUAAUCUACUCUCUGCUCUUACGCGUCUUGCUUCACACCCGUCGUGCAAUGUUUGUUUGUUACUUGGGCAUUGCGCGCAUUCGUGCAAAGCAUGAAAGAGAACAUCGCGUACAUGUAACCGAGGAAUUUUGAUGGGAUGAUGAAAUACACGAAAUCAGCGA